AUGCAAAUGACCAUGGUGCCCGAGAAUGCAUUUGGCAAUCAACCAAGACUCAAAGAGUUAUACAUAGAAUCGGGCGAACAGUCUAUAGGGAGUCACGCGUUCAGCGGAUUAUCCGAAUACAUUUGGAUAAUAACUAAUUUUGGGGUUGUCAAUUCGUUAUACUAUGCGGGCCAUCGGCCGGUGCUCACAUUUGCGGAGCCGGAGCUGUUAAAAAACAUAAUGAUCCGCGACUUUAACUCGUUCACCGACCGUAACUUUGAGCUCCUGAUAGACCCGGUGCUCAACCGUAACGUCGCUCAGGCGUCGGGCGACGACUGGAAACGGUUGCGACAGAUAAUCAGCCCUGCGUUCAGCUCAGGGCGUAUGAAACGUAUGUAUCCAUCCAUUAGGGAGUGUUUGCGCGACUUUACCGCACAUCUGGACGCAUACGCCAGGGAUGGCCGGCCUAUGAAUGCCAAAGAGAUGUUUGGCAAUUUCACCAUGGACGUCGUAGCAACUUGUGCCUUUGCCACCAAGACCAAUAUUCACAACGACCCCAAUAAUCCGGUCGAUAAGUAUGCAAAGAGUUUACUAGAUUUUAACCCAUGGAAAAUUAUCGCAAUGCUGGCACUUCCACCCAAAUGGCUUCAAUUCUUGUCGGCAACCUGUUUUAUCAUUAAUAUGACCACUACUGUCAAACCAGAAGGGCUACAAUAUUUCAAUGAUUUAAUGAGUAAAAUAAUAACAACGCGUAAAGAGAUGCCGGACUCGAGCGCCAAAUACUCGGACUUUUUGCAGCUAUUAAUGGACGCACGCAAUGAUAGAGUGGCCGCACGUGACGACUACAACACCACUGAAGCCAAUUAUGUCAAUACGGGGCUCGCCAUGAUGUAA